AUGCCCAUGGAGGCCGGCGAAAAUGACAUCGAGGAAGAAGGUGCGCCAGUACCACUUGGAAAAGGCGGAGGUGGGGCAACCAACGUGUCGUUGGUUGUUCCUGAGGCGCCGGCACCACCUCCGCCACCCGUCGUACGGGGACGAGAUACGGGCUCGUCCAUUGCAAAGGCGACUCGGAGGCCAAAACCUCCGCUUACGACACCAACGCCAACAACUCCAACAACUCCAACAACUGCAACAACUGCAACAACUGCAAGAACUCCAACAACUCCAACAACUUCGAAAACUACAACGACGCCACCCCCUCCUUUGCUGUGCUCGGUGGGGACGCAGACGGCAAUUUCUAAGCUCCUCCCGCCGGACAAGUUAUGCGACAUCGUCAUAUACACGCACGUGCGCGUGUUCCAGAGAGCUGUGAUCGGGUCCGUCAACGACAUCAGCUACCACGCAUUCAGGAACGCCUGCAGCACUUACGUUGACACCUCGUGCGGUUUGUCCUUCCACGUACGCUACCUGGGUAAGGACAUAUUUCAAACCGUGGAAAUCAGGGACGACCUGGUCUCGUUGAAGGAGCAUAGCCGGAUGUACCACUACGGCAUCCUGAACAUCAUCGAAGACCGUACACAUGUCGAAAAGUUCGCAACCGUGACCGCGCUUGGUAUACUCAAGGUAAUGCGGAAGCUGCUGGGUUCAGACAGAAAACGCAACAAGGUCUUCGUGGGCGUUGGCUACUACUUCUACGAUGACAAAAAUGCAUGGACGGACCUGGCGUACACUGCAGAAAACCUCGGAUUGCCUGAGGUGGACAUCCUGGUGAUACUGACCACCAUUCUGACGAUGCCGAGCCCCGCACGAUGCAUCACGCUGCCCGUAAACGUUUACAGGAGCCAGGACUUGCGUCCACCCACUCUGGCAAGUGCAUCUGCAAGUUUAUAG